AUGAAAAAGAUGGGAGGCAAAGUGAGCUACAUUAAUAAGGCGCAGUCUGAGCAGAAGGUUCUCUCGCUGGACAUAGGGAAGAAAGGGCUGCAGAGCAUUCCAGAAGAGGUCUUUAGAUCGCCGACGCUAAACUGGCUGAUCGUCUCGAACAACAAAAUACGCAGCAUACCCAGCGAGAUAAGAAACAUGACAAAUCUGACUAGGCUGGCGCUGAACGACAACUGGAUCGAGUCUGUGGCCGAGGAGAUGGGCGAGGUGACGAACCUGACGUGGGUGGAUCUGACCAGAAACCGGCUUAGAGACCUGCCUGCCAGCCUGUCCAAUCUGAAGAACAUUGCAGGCCUGGGGCUCAGCGAAAACAGGUUUGAGAAAAUCCCAGACUGCGUUUUUGGAAUGACCUCUCUGUGCAAGUUCGGGUUUUUCAGCAACAAGCUCCAAGCAAUCCCUCCGGAGAUAUCAAUGCUGCACAAUCUGACAAAGAUAGACCUGAGCAACAACGACAUAGUGACUGUCCCCAGAGAGAUAUGUAAACUGUCCAGGCUGGUGUGGCUGAACCUGAGCAACAACAAAAUAAAGGAGCUUCCUGCGGAAAUGGGAAAGCUGCAUCUUUUGCAGGAGCUGGGUCUGGGGAACAACGCGCUCACCCACUUGCCAGAUUUAGGGGCCCUAAAGAGGCUUACGAUUCUGCCCGUGUACCGCAACCAGCUGCAGGAGCUGGGUAGCUGGGUGGGCAAGCUGGAGAAGGUUGAAAAGCUGGACUUUAGCAACAACAAGCUGAAAAAAGUGCCCUCAAACAUCUUCUCACUGACAAAGCUGCGGUACCUCAACAUAAAAAACAACUUCUUGGAGGAGCUGGACAUGCACAUACAUCCUUGUACAACGUACCCGCUGGAGGUCAUAGAUCUAAGCGACAAUCUUCUCAAAAACAUACCGUAUAAGCUGUUUACGCAGUUUCCGUCGCUAGCCACCUUGCGCGCAGGCGGAAACCCAUACGACAUAGAGAAGCUGGUGGUUCCAAAGACAUGCCCAACAUUACGCCAGCUGUGCAGUGUAUAUAUAAUUCCAGGCGCAGGGGCGUGGCCGCACCGAGAGUGUGCGUUUAUGAAGGGCGGAAAAGUAUGCGAUUGGUGCAACAAGUGGUUCACAUACGAGCCUCGGGUCAUGCUUAAGAAGCAGACCUCGCUUGACGGGAGGCCGGUCAUCGUAAAAAAGGUUCUGUGCUCUACUAGCUGCCAGAUGAACAACUAG